AUGAUUCCCACAGUCAACACCAUCCUCAUCAUCGGUGCCACCUCGGGCAUCGGCGAAGCCUUUGCCCGCAAGUUCCAUGCGGCCGGCAAGAAAGUGAUCGUGACCGGUCGCCGCACCGCGCGGCUGCAGCAGCUGCAACAGGAGCUGGUCGGCCUGGAGACAGUGGAGUGGGACAUCCGCGAUAUUCAGGGUCUGCCCGCGAAAGUCGCCCGGAUUAUAACCGCGUAUCCCACCCUCGACACCGUCUUCAUCAACGCGGGCAUCCAGCGCUGCUUCAGCCUUUUGGAGGCGCCAACCACCAGCACAGUCACCGAGAAUCAGUCCCUCGCCGACGAGAUCCAAGUCAACCUGACAGCGCCAAUCCUCCUAGCCCGGGCCUUCCUACCGCAUCUCCUCGUCCGGGCCACAGCCAACCAGCCCGCGGCACUCCUGGUAACCAGCUCCUCGCUCGCGUUCCACCCACUGCCCUUCUAUCCGGUUUACUGCGCCACCAAGGCCGCUAUCCACGCGUUCCUAGUCACCCUGCGUGAGCAGCUGGGCUUUGCGCCAGCCAACAUCCAACAGGCGCUCAGCGUCGUCGAGGUCGUCCCGCCCUACACGGAUACCGAGCUGGAUGCCGCGUCGCGGGCGCACACGGUCGCCAUGCAGGGGGGUCCGGAGAAAGCGUUCGCGCCGAUGCCGUUAGGGGAGUAUAUCGAGGCGGCUUGGGCGAGACUGAAUGCCCCUGCUGAGGAUGGGAAGCUGCCGAAGGAGGUGGGAGUUGGGUUCGGGGAGAUGGGCGUCAGUGUGUGGCGUGAUUCAUUCGGGAAGAGUCUGGAGGGGAUGGGGUUUGAUGUUUGA